AUGGCCAAGCAGCCCCCCGAGGUGAAGGCGCGACGCGACGGCGAGGGCGGGCGGCUGCCGGCGGCCGAGGGGCCGGGCCCGGGCGCGCAGCUGCGCCCCGGAGCUCCCGCCGCCCUGCCCGGGGCCGGCGCGGUGUCCGCGGCGCGGGGCCCGCCCGCCAGCCCCGGCCCCUUCGCCACCCGCUCGCCGCUCUUCAUCUUCGUGCGGAGGUCGCCGCUGCUGCCGCGCACCUCCAGCGGGUACUUCUCGUUCGAAGCCGAGCGCAGCCCCGCGCCCGCCCUGGGCUGCGACAAGGCCACGCAGACCCCCAGCCCGCCCUGCCAGGCGCUCAGCCACUGCCUCAGCGCCAUGGCUUCCCGGUGGCAAUCCCAGUCUCCAGCCGAGGAGGUGCAGCCGGAAAUCUGGAUCGCGCAGGAGCUGCGGCGCAUCGGGGACGAGUUCAAUGCCUCCUAUUGUCCACGCAGGGGUUUCUUGGAUCCCCAGGUGGGAAACCCCCAGGUCGUGAUCCUGCGCCUGCUGCGUUACAUCAUCCGCCUCAUCUGGAGGCUCCAGUGAGCUCCAGGCGCAUCCCGAGGAGCCACCAGGACUGAAUUCCUCACUGGGGAAAGCCCAGGAAGGACAGAUGGACACGUGGAUGGAUGGAUGGAUGGAUGGGUGGAUGUGAGGACUCCCACCCUGCCUCUCCCCCAGGACACGUGGCAGGAUGAGGGUGGACAUCCCAUUCCCACCUCAGAGUGGUGUUUACUCUGUGUUUUCCCUCCACUCUUUUCAUUCUUGUUCUUUUUUUCUUUU